CUUAAAUUGUACACAAAACAUACAAACUGCCUGUCAAAAGAUAAGCCUUCUGUAAAAAGUGAAUUUUCUGCAAGAAUUUGACGUCGUUGUUCCAUAAGGCUCGUGUUUGCCCUUGCUGAAGAUGGACCUGAACAAAUUGAAGGACGACCAGAAGCUUGACCUUUGCAGGUGGUAUUUCAGAGCCGGUUUCGCAUUCCUGCCCUUCCUCUGGGCCAUCAACGCCAUCUGGUUCUUUUGGGAGGCCUUCCGCAGGACUCCCUUUGAUGAGCAGAAGCAGAUCAGGAAAUACGUGAUAUUUUCUGCGAUUGGGGCGUUGGUGUGGGCCGCGGGCCUCACCACCUGGAUCGUCAUCUUCCAGACCAAACGCGCCGAGUGGGGCGCCUUUGCAGAUUCUAUCUCCUUCAUGAUUCCUCAGGGAAUUCCGUGAUUAACAACUGUGUACUAUUUUGUGGAUAACCAGCAACACCAUUGCCAUCAACGUGAGUCAUUACUGACGACUGGUUCUUUUAAAAAAAUUGGUCUACUUCACUAAAAGUCAUGAAAUCCUUAAGUGGAAGUAAAUCACGGGGUUUGAAAUUUUUAAAGGUUUCCUUUUAAAUUUGGACAAACCUUUCGGAGAAAAAAAAUCAUUCUUAGUUGUUUUUAAAAUGAUCUGAUCAAAAAUGAAAUGAUUUACCCAAGAAUCAUUAAGAUAGUCUUUGGUUUUGACCUGUUACUGGUGUUUAUACCCACUUAAUUAAAAUCUUGUACAUACCUUAAAAUGACAAAUUUUGUAAAGCUUAUAAUUAAUUUUUUUUAAAGAUCACUAAAAGACUUUCCGAAUAAGGCUAUGUUUUAUAAUUUUCAAUUAAAAUAUGCUAAUUUUA